GAUGUGGCCUCCCAAGGCCUGGCUCUCGGGGCUACCGAUACCAUUCUGCCUACGCAUCUCUGCCUGCUGUAUCCUUACCGCGAUUAUUAUAAAGUACUCGGACUCUCUGGGCUUCCGAGGAGCGAUGCAAGCGGCGCCAGCUCUCUUCUCCGCGAAGCGCCUCGCCCCGCCUCCGGCGUUCCCCCGCGUGCGAUCGCAGUACAAGCCCGCCGUUAGCGUCCCUUCGACCAUAUCGACCUCUGAAUCCAUGGCCGCCAAGUGGGCUCAGAAGACCGUUGUCAUCCCUCCCCAGCGACGAGGCUGUCAUCUCGUUACCUCCAAGAUAACGAGGGAGAUUGAGCAAGAUCUAUCGGGUUUCAAAUGCGGCCUUGCUCAUUUUUUCUUGCAGCAUACAAGUGCUUCUCUGACCAUAAAUGAGAACUAUGACUCCGAUGUUCAGGAUGACACUGAGACCUUCCUUAACCGGAUUGUUCCAGAGGGGCGAUCUGCACCUUGGAAGCACACAAUAGAAGGACCUGAUGACAUGCCAGCACAUAUCAAGUCUUCAAUGUUUGGUUGUGCCCUGACGUACGUAUCAUUUGUUUCUCUGUUGAAAUGCCAUCUUUUUACAAAUUUAAUGGCCACUAAGACUGAUACUGUAUAUGUUCAGCAUUCCAAUUACCGAUGGUCGUCUCAAUAUGGGAACUUGGCAGGGAAUAUGGCUGUGUGAGCAUCGGGAUCAUGCUACCCCUCGAAAAAUUGUGGUUACUCUUAAUGGGAUAUAAAUGUUAAAGAAAAAAGGUUGGAACUCGACUGCAAUGUGAAAACUUUGUCGGUGGAUAAGAUUUUGUAUAAAUAAAUCAUAUAACGAUCUCUGCAAGUAUGUACAAUUAUUCAGUCAUCUCAUCACUUGCUUAGUUUUGUAUCUUAAUCAUUGGGUGUUUCUAUGCAAGCGUAGUAUUUU